UCGAUGUCCGGUUUCCAUUGACACGAUUAGAACACUACUCAUUCAACAAGAUGGAUUUUUGCGGGGGUACUUUGCACUUGGUGUACAACUACUACUAAGCCGUGCUGAGAGCUAAUAUGCAGUUAACCUCGUUUGGAAAAAAUCUUUUGAUACAGCUCGUGUAUCAAGUGUUAUUACUUUGUUCUGUUUGUAUUUACCAAAUUUGAAUUGAAUAGAAUAUGACUUAAAAUGUGACUUUUUGAAAAUAGGCAUUUUUGUUUGCAUUUCCUCACUUGGGGGCAGAUCUGCACCCAUUAAUCCUCGACGUUUUCAUUUUCAAACUUGAGAAAGGAAUGUAACAUUUCGCUAUAAUGGAGCAUGUCGAAAUAUGUUCGAUUCAAUAUUUUUUUUUUCGACUUAUAAAAAUAAUGCCUAGCGGCCUAUUAGGAGGUGAACUAGCGUGAAAAUAAAGCGAGAUAGUGCACAGCGCACAUCCUGUUAGAAAUGCUUAUCAGUGAGGGCCAGCCGGCAGCAUCACACUCACAUUGAAGCUGGUGAGAGCAACACGCCUCGACAGGGACAACAUACAACACUCAUGUCAUUCCCGAGGAUGAAGGAACUCCAACUUCUGUGUCUUCUCAUCUUUGGAGGUCAAAGUUCUUUGGCAUGCCCGCAUCCCUGCAGCUGUCAUGGGAGCCUGGUGGACUGCAGCAGCAGGUUUCUCAACUCCUCCAACCUGCCCAGCAUCUUCCCUGAGGGCACCACCGAGCUACGCCUUCACAAUAACCGGCUGACCACUCUCCCGAACGGGCUUCUGGACAAUCUCGCAUCCCUUCGCCGGGUAUCCUUGUACAGAAACCCGUGGACAUGUGACUGCGGCGUCCUGUACCUGCGAGCCUGGCUGAGACAUCGUCCCGGCGGAAGUUACUCUUCUCAAUUUCACGUUAACUGUAGCUCCCCUCCCCACCUCAGAGGGAGAUUGGUGGAGUAUCUGACUGAGGAGGAGGUGCUGGACUCCUGCCAUUACUGGUACUGUGACCUGGCCUUGACUUCGCAGGCGCUCCUGUUUGUGUUUGUGCUGGUGCAGGCCGCACUGCUGGUCGCCGUCAUCGUCUUCCUGAGGAGGUUUGAGAAGCUCUCCAGGGAGGCCAGGAGAACCAAGGAGGAGAGCCUCACAGCUGGAGAGAGAGAAACUGUGUAUUUGCCUCUAACUGACAGGAGCAGUUGAAACUGCUCUAUCUUUCACACAAAAAUGGUAAAGAAGAAUAAAAAAAAGAAAGUCUUGAAGACGCAGAAGGAGUUUUAAAAAUGUCUGUAAAAGCAUAAUAAAUGUUGCUGAUUGUAGACCCUUUUAUAGUCUUCAGUAAGCUGGAACCUACGCAAGCUCACAUUCACACCUAUGGCCAUUUUAAAGUCUCCAUUGGACUGAAUAUGCAUGGUUUGGGAAUGUAGGUUAUACAAAAACUAUUGUGAGUCAUUUAAUACAUUUGGAUAAAAUUGACCACAUUGUCCUGUAUUGUAUUGCCUACAACACAUAACUCUUCCAUUUCCUAUGAUUUUAUGUCCUGUUUUUAUAUAAUAUCUCGCUUACUAAUUUUUACAUUGUAUUUUCAUAUUGUCUGUACAGUGUCCUUGGGUGGCAUGAAAGGCGCUUUUAAAUAAAAUACAUUAUUAUUAUUAUUAUUAAUGUGUUUUAAGCGGGUCGCUAAAUGUGUCCAAUAUGGAAAUUGUGACACAUUUUGUUGUAUUGGUAAUAAAGAUAUAGUAACGGAA